AGAUUUAGCGUCUCAGGGCUGCCCAGUGCCUGCGCGAGGCCCUGCAGCUGAAGUCUUCCUUCCCAGAGAACUGGUUAAGCACAAAAGGCUUCUCAAGCAUGAGUUUUGUUUUGUUUUGUUUUUAAGUUUAUUGUGACAUACUCUCAGCUUUACAAAAAAAUUAGAUGGUCGUUUGCCCUUCAGCCUGAUUUCUGGAACUUGGGACUUCAGGUUCUUUCUUUUAAAACAUCUGAUGGGCCAUAUGCUGAUGGUUGGAUCUCGCACCUUUGGGUCUUUAAGGUACAUGAAGCCUAAACCCCAGAAUGGCUGGGAGGAGGCCGCCGGGCCGACAGGGCCUGCUGCUGGGGCUGCUGGUGGUGGUGGCCGCUGUCCACCUGGUCACCUGCCCCUACACCAAGGUGGAGGAGAGCUUCAACCUGCAGGCCGUGCAUGACCUGCUGUACCACUGGCUUGACCUGGACAAGUACGACCAUCACGAGUUCCCCGGCGUUGUCCCCAGGACGUUCCUCGGGCCCAUCGUCAUUGCUGCCUUCUCCAGCCCUGCGGUUUACCUGCUGUCUCUGCUGGAAGUGUCCAAGUUCUACUCUCAGCUCAUAGUCAGGGGGACCCUCGGGCUCGGCGUCAUCGCUGCCCUCUGGACCCUGCAGCAGGAAGUGCGGAGGCAGUUUGGGGCUACAGUUGCCACGUUGUUCUGUUGGGUGACAGCCACGCAGUUCCACCUGAUGUUCUACUGCACGCGGACGCUGCCCAAUGUGGUGGCCCUGCCUGUGGCCCUGGCGGCGCUCACGGCCUGGCUCCGGCAGCGCUGGGCCUGCUUCCUGUGGCUCUCGGCGCUGGCGGCUGUUGUCUUCCGGGCCGAGCUGGGCCUCCUCCUGGGCCUCAAGCUGCUGCUGCCGCUGCUGGGCAGGAAGGUGCCCCUGGGGAGGGCGCUGCGCCACGCCGUCCCCGCUGGCGCCGUCUGUCUGGGACUGACGGUGGCCGUGGACUCAUAUUUUUGGCGGUAUCCUGUGUGGCCAGAAGGAAAAGUUCUUUGGUACAAUACCGUUCUGAACAAGAGCUCCAACUGGGGAACCUCCCCGUUCCUGUGGUACUUCUACUCGGCCCUGCCGCGCGCCCUGGGCAGCAGCCUGCUGUUCGUGCCGCUGGGCGCAGUGGACCGGCGGGCCCGUGCGCUCCUGCUGCCCAGCCUGGCCUUCGUGCUGCUGUACUCGCUCCUGCCGCACAAGGAGCUGCGCUUCAUCAUCUACAGCCUCCCGGUGUUCAACAUCGCGGCCGCCCGCGGCUGCGCCUACCUGCUGAACAACUACAGGAAGUCCUGGCUGUGCAAAGCGGGCUCCCUCCUGGUGACAGCACACCUGGCUGUGAAUGCCGCCUACGGGGCCACCUGCCUGUACGUGUCCCACUUCAACUACCCAGGUGGUGUUGCCAUGCAGCAGCUCCACACGCUGGUGCCCCCAGACACGGGUGUCGUCGUGCACAUCGACGCUGCUGCUGCACAAACAGGUGUUUCUCGGUUCUUGGAGACCAACCCUGGCUGGAGAUAUGACAAGCGGGAGGACCUGCAGCCCGGGGCAGCGGGCAUGCUGGCCUACACACACCUGCUCCUGGAGGCGGCCCCCGUGCCCUUGGCCCUGUACGGGGAGUCACACCGGGUGCUGGCCCGCGUGGCAGGCAUCGGCGGCGUGCGUCUGAACCUGACCCGGCUGCCUCCCUUUGAUGUCGACCUUCAGCCCAAACUGGUGCUCCUGGAGCGGGUGCAGGGGCCGUCCUGAGGGGGGGCCCCAGGGGGACCGGGGCCACCUGCCGUCUUGAGGGGGGCCCCAGGGGGACCGGGGCCGCCUGCCGUCUUG